CACUUGUACCCUAUUUGUUGAUCUUCAAUAUGUCGGAGACUGCUCCUGUCGCUCCUGUUGCUGCGCCCCCGGCGGAAAAGACCCCGGUGAAGAAAAAAGCAGCCAAAAAGUCUGCAGGGGCACGCCGUAAGGCAUCUGGUCCUCCGGUGUCAGAACUGAUCACCAAGGCUGUAGCUGCUUCCAAGGAGCGCAGCGGGGUGUCCCUGGCUGCACUAAAGAAGGCGCUGGCGGCUGCGGGUUACGACGUAGAGAAGAACAACAGUCGCAUCAAGCUUGGUCUGAAGAGCCUGGUGAGCAAGGGCACUCUGAUGCAGACCAAGGGCACUGGUGCUUCUGGCUCUUUCAAACUAAACAAGAAGGUAGCUUCCGGGGAAGCCAAGCCCAAGGCGAAGAAGGCAGGCGCAGCGAAGUCCAAGAAGCCCGCGGGGGCAGCCAAGAAACCCAAAAAGGUGAUUGCCGCCGCCACCCCGAAAAAGAGUGCCAAGAAGACCCCGAAGAAGGCGAAGAAACCAGCUGCGGCUGCUGUGAGCAAGAAAGUGACCAAGAGUCCAAAGAAGGCUAAGGUUACCAAGCCGAAGAAAGCUGCCAAGAGCGCAGCUAAGGCCGUGAAGCCCAAGGCCACCAAGCCCAAGGUUGUCAAGCCCAAGAAGGCAGCACCCAAGAAGAAGUAGAUCUGACCAUCUGCUUCUAAAACCCAAAGGCUCUUUUCAGAGCCACCACUGACCUCAAAAAGAGCUUAACAUUUGCUUGCUUGGUUAUCUCCUUUGUAAUUCGUAAUUCUAAGGCACCAUAAAGAUUGCAGCUGACAGAAACGGUCAUGGGGGCAGGAGAGAGCGGCUGCAGCUAGGUUAGAACCCGUUGACUUUACCCCUCCCAUUCCCUGCGGAAGCUCGCCUGUUCCUGGCCACUCCGCACUGUUAGCAUUCUGGUCAGCUGUUCUGGGACGUCUUUAGCUGGCUGAUGUGUUUGGAAUAGCCGCCAGCCCCGCCCCAAACUUGUGAACGGCAAAAAAAAAAAAAAAAAAAAUCAACCUG